AAGCGUUUCACAAGCAAUCAUUAGGGCCCCGGCGUGACAUUCACUGGGUUGUCGGAGUUGGGGGUUGUGUAAAAGGAGGAAUACGACCACCUUGAGCCCGACCAAGCUGUUGUCAGAAUGAGAGUACUAAAAGCAGGUCUGUGUUUGUCUAAAACGCAUCUUCUGGCACCAGGGAGCGUCACUGUAAAAAAGGUGCUUAUCAAUAGCUGUCGGACAUGUUCCUCCGGUGUCUUCCCCAACGAAAGGAUCCGCAACAUCGGGAUCUCAGCUCACAUCGACUCGGGGAAGACCACCCUGACCGAGCGUGUCCUCUACUACACCGGCAGGAUAGCAGAGAUUCACGAGGUGAAGGGGAAGGAUGGCGUUGGAGCCACCAUGGACUCCAUGGAGCUGGAGAGACAGAGAGGCAUCACCAUCCAGUCUGCUGCGACUUACACCAUGUGGAAGAAUCACAACAUCAACAUCAUUGACACCCCAGGUCAUGUGGACUUUACCAUUGAAGUGGAGCGAGCGCUCCGUGUUCUGGACGGAGCCGUGCUGGUUUUAUGUGCCGUGGGAGGGGUCCAGUGUCAGACCAUGACCGUGAACAGACAGAUGAAACGCUACAACGUCCCCUUCCUCACCUUCAUCAACAAGCUAGACCGCAUGGGCGCUAACCCCAGCCGAGCCCUGCAGCAGCUGAGAACCAAACUGAAUCACAAUGCUGCUUUUGUGAACAUCCCCAUCGGCCUGGAGGGGAACGUGCGUGGCAUCAUUGACCUUGUACAGGAGCAGAGCAUAUAUUUUGAAGGACCAUUUGGUCAAACUAUCCGCUAUGAUGAGAUCCCGGCAGAUUUUCGUGCUGAGGCUGCAGACCGGAGGCAGGAACUGGUGGAGUGUGUGGCCAACGCUGACGAAAUCUUGGGAGAGAUGUUCCUGGAGGAAAAAAUUCCUACCAAUGAUGACCUGAAGGCUGCAAUCCGCAGGGCCACAGUGCAGCGUCACUUCACCCCAGUGUUGGUGGGCACAGCGCUGAAAAACAAGGGUGUCCAGCCUCUGUUGGACGCUGUCCUAGAUUACUUACCAAACCCCACUGAAGUCAAAAACUAUGCUAUCCUCAAUGAUGAAGAUUCCAGUGAAGCAUCAAAGGUUCAAAUGGACCCUACAAGAAAUGCCGUAAAUCCCUUUGUUGGUCUAGCCUUCAAACUGGAGGCUGGGAGGUUUGGUCAGCUGACAUAUGUGCGUGUGUACCAGGGCUGUCUGAAGAAGGGGGAAUACAUCUACAACACACGCACAAGCAAAAGGGUCAGAGUUCAGAGGCUUGUUCGUCUCCAUGCAGAUCAGAUGGAGGAUGUGGAUGACGUUUAUGCUGGAGAUAUUUGUGCUCUGUUUGGGAUUGACUGUGCCAGCGGAGACACUUUUACAUCCAAGUCCACCACUAACCUCUCAAUGGAGUCAAUUCACAUCCCAGAGCCUGUCAUUUCCAUGUCAAUGAAGCCAGUCAACAAGAAUGACCUGGACAAAUUCUCCAAAGGUAUCAGCCGUUUCACCAGGGAAGAUCCAACGUUCAGAGUUCAUUUUGACACAGAGAGCAAAGAAACCAUCAUCUCAGGCAUGGGCGAGCUGCACCUGGAAAUCUACUCCCAGAGGAUGGACAGGGAAUACAACUGUCCCUGUGUGAUGGGGAAGCCCAAAGUGGCUUUCAGAGAGACGAUCACCGGCUCUGUACCGUUUGAAUUCACCCAUAAGAAGCAGUCUGGUGGCUCUGGCCAGUACGGUAAAGUUAUCGGGGUCCUUGAGCCUCUGGAGCCGGAGCACUACACUAAGCUGGAGUUUGACGACCAGACUGUUGGUACAAAUGUCCCAAAGCAGUUUGUACCCGCUGUUGAAAAGGGCUUCAGGGACGCCUGUGAGAAGGGACCCCUGAGCGGGCACAUGAUCUCAGGAGUCAGAUUUGUCCUGGAGGAUGGAGCACAUCACAUGGUCGACUCCAAUGAGAUCUCCUUCAUCCGUGCAGGAGAGGGCGCUCUAAAGCAAGCUAUGGAAAAAGCCAAUACGGCCAUCCUGGAGCCAAUCAUGUCUGUGGAAAUCGUGGCACCGCAGGAGUUUCAGGGAGUUGUGAUUUCUGGUGUAAACCGCCGGCAUGGUGUUAUCACAGGACAGGACGGGGCUGAGGGAUACUUCACUCUGUACGCUGAUAUUCCACUAAACAACAUGUUUGGCUACGCCACAGAACUACGCUCCUGCACUGAAGGAAAAGGCGAGUACACCAUGGAUUACAGCAGAUAUCAGCCCUGCCUGCCAGCCACACAAGAAGAACUCAUCCACAAAUACUUAGAGGCUACAGGACAGCUGCCUGCAAAGAAGAACAAGUGGAAGAGCUGAAAACUGUCUGCUGUUGUACUAUUGGACUUUGACAUGUCAGCCGUCCUUUCUUUAGACACCUUUUCUGCCCAUCAUCAACUGAGACUCAACAAUAAGGCUUCGACAUUUUACUUUUGUUAUGUAGUUAAAGAUAAUUUUCCUACUUAAUGAUUAACCCCUGUGAAAAACAUAUUGUAUUUAUUACUUUGAUUUUAGCACAAUCUGACCUCUACGCUCUGCAGUCAGCAUUUUUUAAGAUGGUGGUCGGUAAGGAAAGCUCAGUAUUUUGACAUGAGCUUAUAAUGGCUUUUGUACUAUGUACAGCAUGGUUUUGAUGUAAUAUGGAUUGCAGGAAAUAUACAUAUUCUUCAAUAUUCA